UCUCAGUUUAUAGUAGACUAUUGUAGCGAUGACUUCAAGGGAUAGUGGCAGGGCAAGAUGGAGUGAUUUGGAGAAAAAAAUAUUUAUUGAUUGUUGUCUUGAAGAAGCACAUAAGGGUGGUAGGUCAGGUUCAAGCUUGACCAAACAAGCAUGGAACAAAUUAAUAAUUGAGUUGAAAAAGCGUACAGGAAAAGAAUUUAAUCAAAAGCAAUUGAAGAAUUUAUGGGAUUAUCUGAAAGUACAAUAUACCGCGUGGAUAAAAUUGAUAAGCAUUACGGGACAUGGGUACAAUGCAUUGACGGGCCAAUUCGAUUGGCCUGAAGAAAGAUGGGAUGAGUACAUAAAGGCAAAUAAGAAUGCAGCUCAAUUCCGAAAUAGACCACUAGCAUUUGAGAACGAAUUGAGGGCCUUAUUUGAAGGUUUUGUUGCAACUGGUGCUGAAGCCUACACAACACAUAGCGACAAUCUUCCCGAGGAGUAUUUUGGGUCGUCAUCUCAAAUACCUUCAAAUACACCUAUGAGUGAAAAUGAAAUCAAUUUAGGCAGUCUCGAUGUUAAUAUAAAUUCAACUACUAAAGAAUGCCAACAGGCAUCGCUUGUCGAUUUAGAAGCUCAUCAACGCAAACGGCACAAACCAAAUAGGAAGAAGGAUAUCCAAAGCAGCGUAGAUGCACUCAUACAUCAGUUGGAAAAGACAGAUGCAGAAGGACCCACUAUCAAAGAAUGUUUAAUGAAAUUAAACAGCAUGUUAUCAAUAAGAAGACCAGAUCCAUUAUACUUUAAAGCUCUAAAAUCGUUUACCCAGAAGAAGGAGAACACAGAAGUGUGGAUCCUUCUAGAAGAAGAAGAGGAUAUGAAGCUUUGGAUAGAGACUUUAGAUUAG